UAUGUGAUGUUGGAAGAAUUGUGUAUUUGGUGCUGAAUUUUCGUAUACAGUGGGGAAAACAAUCACUUUUUAAUGUAUUAUUUUUAAAAUCAUCUUUAUUUAAAUAACGGAGUGACCGAGAGCUACUCGAUGUGACUCAAGUAGCCGUGGACCAUGAGUAACAGCCACCCUCUGCGCCCACUGGCCUCCGUGUCGGAGAUCGACCACAUCCACCUGUUGUCUGAGCAGCUGGGCGCCCUGGUUCUCGGAGAGGAGUACAGCGAUGUCACCUUUGUGGUGGAGGGGAAGCGGUUCCCGGCGCACCGCGUCAUCCUGGCAGCUCGCUGUCACUAUUUCAGGGCCCUGCUGUACGGUGGGAUGAAAGAGUCCCAGCCCCAGGCCGAGGUGCGUUUAGAGGAGACGCGGGCUGAAGCCUUCUCGAUGCUGCUAAACUACCUGUACACGGGUCGGGCCAGCCUCAGCUCUGCCCGGGAAGAGGUGCUGCUGGACUUCCUGGGCCUGGCUCACCGCUAUGGCCUCCAGCCGCUGGAGGACUCCACCUCCGAGUUCCUCCGCACCGUCCUGCACACCAACAACGUCUGCCUGGUUUUUGACGUGGCCAGUCUGUACUCUCUGAGCGCGCUUAGUGCAGCCUGCUGCGCCUACAUAGACAGACACGGACCCGAAGUGCUGAAUUCUGACGGCUUCCUCAUGCUCUCUAAGACUGCUCUGCUGACCGUGAUGAGACGCGACUCGUUUGCUGCCAGCGAGAAGGAGAUCUUCCAGGCGCUGAGUCGCUGGUGCCGGCAGCACGAGGAGGGGGCCGACACCCAGGAAGUGAUGUCGGCAGUGCGGCUGCCGCUCAUGACUCUGACGGAGAUGCUGAACGUGGUGCGGCCGUCCGGCCUGCUGAGCCCAGACGACCUGCUGGACGCCAUCAAGACCCGCUCCGAGAGCCGCAACAUGGACCUCAACUACCGGGGCAUGCUGAUCCCGGAGGAGAACAUUGCUACCAUGAAGUACGGAGCUCAGGUGAUGAAAGGGGAGCUGAAGUCGGCGCUGCUGGACGGAGACACCCAGAACUACGACCUGGACCACGGCUUCUCCAGGCACCCCAUCGAGGACGACGGGCGGGCCGGGAUCCAGGUCAAACUGGGCCAGUCGUCCAUCAUCAACCACGUCCGCCUGCUGCUGUGGGACAGAGACAGUCGGUCCUACUCGUACCACAUCGAGGUGUCUAUGGAUGAGCUGGACUGGGUGCGUGUUGUGGACCACACAAAGUACCUCUGCCGCUCCUGGCAGGAUCUGUACUUCACACCACGAGUUUGCAGGUACGUUCGCAUUGUGGGAACACACAACACGGUGAACAAGGUGUUCCACCUCGUGGCUUUUGAAUGCAUGUUCACCAACCGCUCGUUUACCCUCGAGAACGGCCUUUUGGUGCCCGGUGAGAACGUGGCGACCAUCGCGUUGUGCGCCAGUGUCAUUGAAGGCGUGAGCCGUUGCAGAAAUGCCUUGCUCAACGGCGACACGCGCAACUACGACUGGGACUCCGGCUACACCUGCCACCAGCUGGGCUCCGGAGCCAUCGUCAUCCAGCUGGCUCAGCCCUACUCCAUCGGAUCCCUGAGGCUGCUGCUGUGGGACUGUGACGAGCGCUCCUACAGUUAUUACAUCGAGGUCUCCAGCAACCAGCAGCAGUGGACGAAGGUGGUGGACCGCACCAGGCAGGCAUGUCGAUCGUGGCAGACAUUGAAGUUUGAUAAGCAGCCGGCUUCCUUCAUCCGUAUCGUUGGGACUCACAACACGGCUAAUGAGGUGUUCCACUGUGUUCACUUCGAGUGUCCGGCCCAGGUGGACACGGAGGUGAACGAAGGCAGCCCGGGCCCCGACCCCCCCGACUCCGGGUCCUCCUCCCCGCAGCCGCGACCCCAGCUGCCCUCACGCACACACAGCCUGCUGCCCCCCCAGCCCUCCCAGCCCUCUCCCCCGUCUUCAUCGUCCUCCCAGUCCCAUCAGUAGGAGGUGUCUAGAGGAGCGGGACACCUCAGAAUGCCAUUUUGCACAGCCUUCAUCCUCCAGACCGCGCCGCUACCGCGCUGCUAGCGGCGAUCGUGUCGUCGUCACAGCCCGCGUGGUCCCUCCGUCACGAGUGCAACAUUAGAGACCGGUGUGUCUGUAGCAGCAGCGUCCUCCAGUCCUGAAGCAGAGGGUUUGGUGUUGCAUCAUCAACGGCUCACACAGUUUUGUGAAGGUACUUUUCAGCUACUGAGACUCAAGUUUUUCUUUUUUUCCUUUUUGAAAUCAUCGAAGUGGAAUCUUUACUUUUCCAAAGACGAGGCGCACACUGAAGCGUGGUUCUACUGUACCACCAAAGAGCAGUAACGCCUGUGUGUGUGUGUGUGUGUGGGGGGGGGGGGCUUAUUUGAAUUUACCCGUUCAUAUUUCCUAAAGAGACGGAUUUUACUCCUGAAACGAGCUAUUUUUUUAAAGAAAGCGUCUGAGAACGACUCUACUCACUUUUCAUACCAUCGCGCUAAUAACCGAGUAGCAGGCGGAGUAUUUUUCAAAGUUUGGAAUUCAACUUUUCAGAGGUUUGCCAAAGCUGUGGAGCCGAUGCAUUCUGAAAUGCAUUCUGGGGCAUCUGUAUGGAAUUUGCACUUAAUCCAGUUAUGCAUUUGCAUAUGAAGUAAUAUCGCUGUCGAGUAUUUGUUGACGGGCUUUCGCACCCGAAACCAAAAUCUGGUGUGACUUUUUUUUAAUGGUUAAAGUUCAUACCUAAAGAAAACUAAUCUAGAGUUAAGUGUUAAUUUAGCAUUUUAAGAGCUUGGAUAGCUUAGCACAAAUGACUUUGGGGAAAUCAAUUGGGUUCUCAGAAUUAUUUUUGGGCUUGGACCAAAUGAUGUAUGCACUAGGGCUGAAAGGAAGAGCGUUAAUACACAGGAGCAGCUGCUGUCGGCACUUUAUUUUACUCGAGUACACGCAAAUACAGGUUACAGCUAAAGUACAGUACUGGAGUGCUGGAUUAUGUAACUUUCUGUUUUAUAUGUCAAAUUAAUUUAAACGCUUCCUUGCUCUUGGAUCCAUCUGCUUUUGUUUUUGUGUGUUUUCUUUGGAGGUUUAUUUUGAAAUGAAUCCAUCAGUGCUGCAGCUUCCUGUUUGUUUCGGUUGUGUCCUGAUGUUGCACUUUUGUCUUUUGAAAAACUCCUUUUAAAGCAAACAAACAGAGCUUUUGUCUGAUGUUGAAUAAGCUGUAAUAGUGAACCACCCUGGUGACCCACUGUUGUUUCUAUAACUCAUGUUAGAAGAGCUCCCAUCGUUGGAUGAAGUCUUCCGUAAUAAGCAACCAGAUAACUGAAACAGGGCUUUGUUCAGGUUACAUUGUAAUGUCGAAAAACACACUCCCUGACCCCAUCUCACUUUUAAGU